GACGAUGUUCCAGUGUAGUCCAGAGUUUAUUUCUCUUUUUUCUAAAGAUAUAUACAAUUUAUUAACAUUUAUACUUUCAGCAAAUAAAAUUCACGUAAGCGACCAAAUGUUUAGUAGCCUGAUGAAAUGCGGAAAGUUCAAAAUGAGGAUACGUGGUACUAUUGAAGUUUCGCCUACUAUUAAGAUGACGACGUACUGGGUUUUAGACAAGAACGAAUUUGACAGUGGAAAUUUAGAUCCUACAGAAAGAAGCUCUAUUGACGAGAAUAUAACUGGAAAUCAACGUAUGUCGUCUUACUUUGAGCGAAAAAGAAAUUCCGUGCAGAGCAUUGCUUCAGAAUCUAGCGAUGAUAACAAAGGUUUGCCUCCGUCCCUUUUGAAAAUGCCGGCUAAUGAAUGGAAAGAAGAAGAAAUAUUUGAAAAAUGCUGAACAUUUUUGACAGAUGUUUCUUGUUCUAUUGAUAAAACAAAUCUUGAAAAUGGGUGAUCUUCGGUAGCGAUGAAAACAACAAAAUUACAUGAAAAUUUGGGACUUUGUUUGAUUGAAUCUAUUUACGAGGGAUAAAAAUGAAAUAUUGCAAAAUCACUCACACUCAGAAUUUUAGCGGUAUUAGACUUAUUUUCAACAUGUUAAGUUCUGUUACCAAAAAUCUUGGAACUAGAAAAAUAUGAAGCUAAAUGGCAUAGUAAAGGACAAAACUUAAAAAACUAAGAAAAAUUGAGGCCAAGGUCAUAUUCAAUUCAGAUAUAGUACUUAUUAUCUAUUAAAUAUCGUUUCCUACAUACACAAUUGAACAUACACGUGGUCGCAUGGGCAAGUUAGACUGUAUCUUAACUCGCUUUGUUAUUUUUUUUCAUAAAUAUAUUCAUUGCUAAACAUUGCUUUAAACAUUGGAUAUUGCAUAACCCGGUGCUAGGGGGUUGUUAAACAUAAUUUUCGGUCAAACCAAGUCUUCUAUGUCCAUGUAUUUUUUUGGUUUCAUUGCUUUAUUAGGAUCUUGCGCUUCCACAUAUCUCUAGAAGCGCAAAGCGAUAAGCAGAAGAUACUUUUGAUGUUUAAUGAAAAAGUUUAUUUUUUACAGCACACCAGUGUGCGAUCUACUUCGAAAAUUGGCUAUAUUGAUUAUGUUGUGAAUUUGGGAUAUAUUGAUACAGUUAUAAACAUACUUCAUUGAAAUUCGAUUGAAGGAAAUCUUGCAGAAACCACUAACAGAAAGCCAAAAUAAGUUCUUGAUUGAGUAGGACAAAGACGAAAAUCAUGUUGUUUGAAAACAUGUUGGUAAGAACUGAAAGCAGAAGGUAUUAGGGAAUAUUGCGGGAAUGGUUUCUAUAAUUUAUUGUGUUUAGUUCAGUGGGUAUUUAUGUUGUUAAAUUGACUAUAAAUCAAAUGAUAUAUUGUAAAACACCAUGUACAAAUG